AUGCUCAAGUUUGUGACAAAGGCGAUGGAUAUCAAGCUUCGAGUUGAAGCCAAUUUCACGACUACUCUUGAAGAUCCAAUCGAACUCUUGAAACGUAUUGAACAAUUCAUGAAGAAGAGUGCUGAUGCUGAGUAUGAUUUCUUGGAUUUCUGGGAAGCGAAUCAAAAGUUCUUUGCUAUGAAGCAAGGAACAACAGAAGACUUGAUGCAUUUCAAUGAACGAUUCUUGAGACAGGCUGAAGUCCUACAAAAACUAUAUGUCGUGGCCUGGAUCCGAGAUUUUGCAGUCAAGACAAAAGCGUAUGCUGCUAUUGCUAGCACCGAUUCUGCUGCUCAAAACAAGUUCAAGGAUUAUAUCUUUGAAGCCGUUCUGGCAACAGGAUUUCUAUGCAACUGCAAUCAAACAAGAACAGCUCCUCUGAUGCUGGAUCUUCAGACGAAUUAUUGCAGAGAAGUGGAUUAUUAUCCAAAGACGGUCAGCAAAGCACAAGAUAUGUUGAAGAUUCACAUGGAGGUGAUUGAAAAUCCGGGAGUGAACCUCUACCAAGGAAAAGACCAACCUAAUAAAGGUAAUCAAAUGAUGCAAGUUCCUUCUGGAAUGCAGCUCAUGCAGAUUCCAACUCAAGGUGGCGGGACUGUUACUGUCCCUUAUUCUAUGAAUGCUAACGGUGAGAUUGCGUUCAGUGGAAUGCAACUCAGCCGACAAGGCUUCAGUGGUGCUCAAGUGCGCCAAGGAUUCGAUGCAACUCAAGCUCGAACUCCGCAAGCUGUGAAAACUGGAUAUUUUGAUACGUCAAAUGUCUUUCAUGAUGCUAUCAAGGGAAAGCAUGAGAAUGGCAAUGAUGUCUAUCUUAUUCCAUGUCCUGCUGGUACGAUAAAUGUCAAACUUCAAGCCAACUGGCACUAUGCUAGUGAAAAUGAAGAUUUGCCUGAUCUUGCUACUGAAGCAGAUCAAGGUCUGCAGUUUAUUCAAAGCUGCAGAAGAGAAAAGGAUCCAUUUGGAUUGCACGAUCAUGUCAUCAUGGACAGUGGUUGA